UCAGUAGAGGACAUCUUGCACUUCUCGUCAUGUACAGUUCUCAGAAGACCAAUUUAACUGCUUAUAGUAUCGUCGAAAUUGUACUAGUGCUGGUACUUUUAACGCAGACAUGGUGUUUUCCAAUUAAUUCUUCAGAGGAAAUCUACGCCAAAAUUUCUGCAAGACAGCACCAUAAGGAACGGAGAUCAGUGUCAUCUCCAGCCCAAGGACCUCCCCCUGAGUGCUACAUGAAGUAUUUUCUGCACCAUUCACCCCCUCAGGGGCUUUUGGUUGACCAUCCUUCAUCAGAGCGCUUCAUUUGUCAAUCGAUUCCAGACUCCCCAGAUACGGACUUCUUCGCGACUCUGUUUGACGAUGAAGCCGGCAUUGCUAUAUUGUCAGCGUACACCGUCACCUACAACCAGACGCAAUAUAUGAAUGAUUGUCCAAGGCAAACAGUUUCAAACAGCUGGCGAACUAAUAAAGCACUCUCCAGACAGGGCACGAACAAAAUGUACAGUGGCAAGGGAUUUGACAAAGGUCACCUAGAUCCUGCUCACAUCAACUCGUUUAACAAAGAUCACGUGCUGGCCACUUUCACUUACAGUAAUGCAGUACCGCAGUAUCGCUUCUUUAAUCGCGGGCCCUGGAAAAGGUUUGAAGACAAAAUUGUGGAUUACGUCACGACGCAGUGCGCCGCGCAGCACGGGCGAUCAGCGGUGAUGUAUUUGCUGACGGGAACGUCGAAAUUUCGUGUACAAGUUGGCUCCAAUAAGCCUACUCAAGACAAAGAAGCAAUAGAGAUUCACUACUUUCCAAGCGCCGAUGUAGAAGAUCGCAUCGUGCGCCCCAAUUCCAUGUGGACAGCGGGAUGCUGUGUUUGGAAUGAUGAGAGUGAAACACAAAGAGCUCAGUCUAUUGCAGUCAUGGGAAACAAUGACUUUGACCGAGAAAGAGUUGGCAUGAGGUCGAUGAACUUGGCAGAAUUAGAAAAAUUGUUGGUUGAUAAAAACAGUGAACCUGUUUGCCUUUUCCCCUCUGUCAAGGAAUGCAGAAGCAACAGUCAUCUGUUGUAAUAUUUUGAUCAUAAUUUAAUUUUAUGAGAUAGAAGUGUUAAAACAUUGUCGACGAAAGAGCAAGAACCCGAGGUAAAUUACGAACAAGACUUUACACAUAUAGACAUAUACAUUGACAAGAUAUGGCAACAAACUCCAGGCGCGGGUAGAAGCUACAGCUAGUCCCUUGGCGUAUGGCCGAAAAUACUGUGACAAGAAGAACUUAUGAGAUUUUUUGAACUUGUUAGUAGGAUAAUGAACAAGGACUAAGUUAAUGUUUCUGUGAUAUUUGUUAGACACAAAUAAUUUAUUGACCUUUUCGUAUGUCACUCGCUAAUAAUGCAUAAAAAACAGACCGCAGACGACAGAAGGUUAGAACUAUAGUUUUCAGUGGUUUUUGGGUAUUACUUAUUUCUUCUACUUUUCAAAUAACCUUGUUGCAGUUAGCUCUGUUUUCUGUGCUCUAAAUUGGUAAUUUUAGUUUUCGAUAAACGGAAAUGAAUCAUACUUUAUUUCUGCUGAUGCUAUUCCUUAUUUAUGUAUUAUUAAAAAUUAUUAUAAAAUAAUGUUGUUCCUGAAAAACUUCACUAAGAUUUUGAGAAGGUUUUAAUAAAAUAGGCAUGUAUACUAUCCUCUA